CCACGCGCCAGAUUGAGCGUUGCAACAACACAGCCACGCGCCAGAUUGAGCGUUGCAACAACACAGUCACGCGCCAGAUUGAGCGUUGCAACAACACAGUCACGCGCCAGAUUGAGCGUUGCAACAACACAGUCACGCGCCAGAUUGAGCGUUGCAACAACACAGUCACGCGCCAGAUUGAGCGUUGCAACAACACAGUCACGCGCCAGAUUGAGCGUUGCAACAACACAGUCACGCGCCAGAUUGAGCGUUGCAACAACACAGCCACGCGCCAGAUUGAGCGUUGCAACAACACAGUCACGCGCCAGAUUGAGCGUUGCAACAACACAGCCACGCGCCAGAUUGAGCGUUGCAACAGCACAGUCACGCGCCAGACUGCUCGUUGCAACAACACAGUCACGCGCCAGACUGCUCGUUGCAACAGCACAGUCACGCGCCAGAUUGAGCGUUGCAACAACACAGUCACGCGCCAGAUUGAGCGUUGCAACAACACAGCCACGCGCCAGAUUGAGCGUUGCAACAACACAGUCACGCGCCAGAUUGAGCGUUGCAACAACACAGUCACGCGCCAGACUGCUCGUUGCAACAACACAGCCACGCGCCAGAUUGGGCGUUGCAACAACACAGCCAUGCGCCAGAUUGAGCGUUGCAACAACACAGCCAUGCGCCAGAUUGAGCGUUGCAACAACACAGUCACGUGCCAGAUUGAGCGUUGCAACAGCACAGUCACGCGCCAGACUGCUCGUUGCAACAACACAGUCACGUGCCAGAUUGAGCGUUGCAACAGCACAGUCACGCGCCAGACUGCUCGUUGCAACAACACAGUCACGCGCCAGACUGCUCGUUGCAACAACACAGCCACGUGCCAGAUUGAGCGUUGCAACAACACAGUCACGCGCCAGACUGCUCGUUGCAACAACACAGCCACGCGCCAGAUUGAGCGUUGCAACAACACAGUCACGUGCCAGAUUGAGCGUUGCAACAACACAGUCACGCGCCAGACUGCUCGUUGCAACAACACAGCCACGCGCCAGAUUGAGCGUUGCAACAACACAGCCAUGCGCCAGAUUCAGCUUGCAACAACACAGCCACGCGCCAGAUUGAGCGCAUUAAUUGCAUAUUGCAACAGAUUGUCAGAUGGAUAA